UCAGCUUGAACCGGAAGUGGGACCUUGUAAAUAGAAUACGGAAGUAAACGCGCGGGGAAGGCGUUGGAAAAGUUCGCGGCUUGCAAGGUACAUGACUGACAGACAGCCACCAUGCUGCUGGUAGGACUGACAGGCAGUAUAGCCACAGGGAAGAGUACAGUGUCAGCCAUGUUUAAACAACUGGGGGUUCCUGUAGUUGAUGCUGACCAAAUAGCAAAGGAUGUUGUUGAACCAGGUACGCCGACCUUGAAGAAGAUCGUGGCACAUUUCGGCUCUGAGAUUCUGCAGGAGGACGGUCGGCUGGACAGGGACAGACUGGGACGGAUCAUCUUCAGUGACAGACAGCAAAGAAAGGUGCUGAAUUCACUGACUCACCCAGCUAUACACAGGGAGAUGGUCUGGCAAGUCAUCAAACUCUUCUGUCGAGGUCACAAAUAUGCAAUACUGGACAUUCCCCUGCUGUUUGAAACGGGCAGUAAGCUGCACAAGUACCUGUACAGCACAGUGGUCGUGUCAUGUGAUGAGGAAACACAACUUGAGCGACUGAUGGCAAGGAACGAUUAUGCAAAAGAAGUGGCGCAAAAAAGGAUGCAAGCACAAAUGCCGCUGUGUAAUAAAAUAGAGCUUGCCGAUCACAUCAUUGAGAACUCUGGAGACUUACAGUUUACUAAGGAGCAAGUCUUGGUGUUACAUCAGCGAUUGUGUACUUCCUACAAAAGAGUAGUUUUCAUAGUUGUAUUGGGCAUACUUGUCCUACUGUAUGCAGUAUUCUUCCUCAGAAAUAUAUUAACUCGUUAAAAAAGGAGGCUUUUAAAUGUUUGGAAUCUUUGAAUAUUGUCAUUGUGAAUGAAUGAAUGGAUGUAUGAAUGAUGAAUGGAGACCUUUAUUGUACAAAUUUUAAUUUGUAGGUACUUAAAAGUACCUACUGAGUUAAGCAAAGGUCAACUUAGCACUAGCACUAUAGUCUAUUAACUAAAUUCAACUUCUCAAUCACUUCUAUGUGAUGGUGAAAAGGUAAGAACAGGCAUGUUACAUGUAGGUAUACAGGCCACACCGAUUUAAUUUGUUGUUUCUUGGAUUCACCCUGUCCAUUUUUUUCAGAUUUGAAUUUUUUUGU